CUUUUCGUCUUCGUUCGUUAAAUUGACCUGUUUGGCGCCUCAACUCUAUCUCUACCACCACUGCAUCCUAUAUAACUCUACCAUAUCGACUGUUACUCAAGAAAGGAACUUGAACAAUGCACCUUAUGUAUACUUUGGAUGAGAGGGGAAACCGAGUUUACACUCUCAAAAAAGUGACUGCUGCUGGCAAGCCCACGAAGUCCGCCCAUCCUGCUCGAUUUUCUCCCGAUGACAAGUUUUCCAGACACCGAGUCACCAUCAAGAAGCGAUUUGGGAUCCUCCCCACCCAGCUUCCUUGCAAGCCCUUAUAAAUCACUCAAGGAGAUAUGGGAGCUGUUUAGACAGACGAUGCAUGUUGUAUGAUACGUGAAUGACUUCAGUAACAUAAUGGCGGGACUGAAGGUAGAGUGCGACUUGCUGGUUCUGAAAUGCACAUGAUAGCGAACGGCGU